AUGUCUUGGCGUAGAAUUGAUAUCGACCAAUAUGAUGAAGACGCGUACACUGAGGAUGAGAUUCUUUCAGAGUUUGAUACAGGUUUAUCACCCGAACAAGUCAUCUCCUCUACUCAAACACGAAGCACAGAUGUUCGCAACUUGCUCACAAAAGGCGAUUUGAAUAAUGCUUUGAUUCGUGCUUUGGAGGAGCCUCCUUAUGGUCGUCAAGUGGAGUCUGCCAAGGCUGAGAGCACAAAGACGGUUACUGAAGUGCUGAACCUCUUCCGCGCCUCUGAUAUUGCUCAAGUGAUCAAAUCACUUAGCCAUGAACAACAAGAUAUCCUGAUGAAGUACUUAUACGCUGGUAUGGGCAAGCCCGAACAAUUCAACUCGAGUGUCUUGCUGACAUGGCACGAAAAGUUGACAGAGGUAGCUGGCAAUGGUUGUAUUGUUCGUGUCAUGACCGACAAGCGCACAGUUUUCUAA